UGAAAGCACAACACUCCUGUGUCUCGCCCUUCCCGGACCCAAACGCAGGUACGAGAAAGUGGGAAGAGGGGGCGGCGAAGGAAAUGGGGAUGGCGGCAGCGGUAGGGGUUUUGGUGCCGUUCCCAUUUUACUACUGGAUAUGGACGAAGCCACAGUCAUGGGUGGACCUGUGUGGGAAGGGGCGGGACCCAUCGAAGGUGAUGGCCCACGUCUCGCAUCUCCUGAAGCUGGUUCAGUUGGUGUCACUCUUCUCCGUUUCAUCCCUCUCUUGGCCACCCCCUCUCUACUUCUGGCCCCUCCUUACCUUUGGCCAGUUCCUCAACUUCAGGGUGUAUCAGUUGCUUGGGGAAUCUGGCACUUACUAUGGAGUACGCUUUGGAAAGAACAUUCCCUGGGUGACUGAAUUUCCUUUUGGGUAUAUCAAAGAUCCUCAGUAUGUAGGAAGCAUUAUGAGUCUUCUCGCAUGUCUUUCUUUGGUGCCCUUUCAGUACAUUCUCCUCUGGUCACUGGGCUAUAUCUUCAUGAUUCAUCUGGAAUCGAAAGAAUAUAUAUCUACUCGUGCAAAGAUAAUCUCGUGAUCACACCAACUGCUAAGAUAGUCCUAGGAUCCAUCUACUUGUAUGCACACAACCUUCAAGGGGCUUGCUUUGCAUGAUGCUACUGAUCACAUUACUUUCAUAGGAGGAAAUUUGUUUUGGCUUGAUCUAACACGAACAUAAUAUCCUCGUAGUAUUAGGCUACUUGCACCAAGAUCAAGUUUCAUGAAUCAACUCGCCUUGUGAGGCUUUCCACAAUAUUCUGUCUUCUUGUUCUGUUGGAAAUGGUGGACCUGUUUGUGGCUAGAUUUCUUAAAUCCUUAUUCCCAUGCAAUUAUUGGAGAAUAAUCAGCUGAUUCAUGAACCAGCAUGCAUGUUGUUCUUGACCGAAGGGGUCAAAGUUAAUUCAUACUUUUGACCAAAAUAACUUAAAUAAGGGUGUUGUGCAUCAGCACUUGGUCCUUC